ACCCACGAUAUAGGGAUCUAAAAAUACAGGUAAGCUGAAACAGUUCGAUAAUCCCUCAGACCACAUGGCUAUACAGCGAAUGGCGGAUCGCACUCCCCGGGAUAAAAUUUUGAAGCUCAAUGUAGGUGGAGUAUUUUACACCACAGCUAAAUCCACACUGACCAGUGUAUAUGGCAGCUACCUCUGGAGGGUGGCCACGGGGGACGCGACUGUCAUGAGGGAUGAGAAAGGGAGUCUAUUUAUAGAUAGGGAUGGAUAUGUCUUCAGGUAUAUCCUUAACUUCCUCCGCUCUGACCGUCUGAUUGUUCCUCAGGGGUAUAAGGAACUUCACAUGCUGAGGGAAGAGGCGGAGUUUUUUGGAUUAGACGAUCUCUGCUUACAAGUUGAUAAGGUCAUCAAAUCUCGGAAAAAGAAACCUCGACCUCGACUGACGAGGAAAUUCAGCAGAAGCUGGGGGUCGGACCUGACUAAAAUAUCCACGGAUGAAAACGGAUCGGUUAUUUUUGAAGACGAUGGAUCGGAUUAUUUUUACGAUUAAUCAGGGAUCCAGCAGGGAAAACGAUGCAAACAAAGAACAAAAGAGUCAAACAUAUUUGUUUGUUUGUUGAAAGUGUGGCAUUGAUCUGGGAAAAUGUCACCAAUUUUCAGUGCAUGUAACUGGCUGCGUUUCGAUUAUUUUCUGAAGUUAAUUAUAUCUUUAUAUAAAAGCUGUAGCAUAUGGCGCUCGACUAACUUAUUGUACAUAUCACACUUUUCAUGCUUAGUCAAUAAGACAGGGAAAUGGCUUGUAACUAUUUGUAUACAUUACUUGUAUUUGGUCGAUUUGAACGGCAGUGCACUCUGUCAGUAGAUUUUUUUUCGUUUCGUUCACAAGAUUGCUGUCUUACUUGACCUACUGCAAGUGUGCAUCUCAUCAUGUAGAUGUUGAUAUAGAUGGCAUAUGAUGCAUUGGGGAAAUAAAAAAUAAAAUUGUACUCUUUCUCUUAAUUUUA